AUGGCUUCGUCGAUUCCUCUCCUGGCCUCGCCGAUUCGAGAUCAAGCAGCUCCUCUGUCUAUUACUCUAUUAUCCAAACUCCGCUAUGGUAUCCCAACUAGCUCCUUCUUCCUUUUCUUCCUCAGUCCUUUUGCUUUCUUUGGCCGAUCUGGUGCGGUUCUGGUUGUUUUGGUGACUGAGUUCCGGUUGUUCUUCCCACAGCUGAUCCUAUGCGGCGUCGACGUGUGGGGGAUUGAAGAGUAUGAGGUGAGGACCUUCCAUUCAUGA